AUGGAGAAACCUUCACCAUCCUAUUCGACCGUUUGGUCUAAAAUUAUUGGAUUGCAGCUUUACAAUUCAUACGAAGCAGAUGCGGACGGUAGAUUGCCUUCGCUAUCCAUUAUGCGUCUGCUGUACAGUAUCGUCCUAUUCGGUGGCUAUCUCGUCGGAUUCUACAAGGCAGUGGUGGAAAAUAUGUUUCUAUACGAGCUUCGUCCCAACAGUCCAAGCAUUUUCAAUUUCGCGUACAUGACGCAGGUUAGUUCGGGUGUACUGGGCACGAUCGUCUGCUAUGCAUCGUUGUGGCGUACGGAUCGUAUGAAAUGUGUGUACGUCGAUGGGAUUCAGUGUAGCAACACGAAGAUAAACGAUCGCUACUACCAGUUCCGUAAUAUGCAGGUACCGGUGAAGCAAUCCUUCCUCGUACCGCUGUCCAUCGGAUUGCUGUUCAUUUUAUCGCUGUGUGAAGCCUACGCACAGUACAAUAAGGCGCGCUAUUUCGCGAUCGUUGCCAUUGUGUAUCCGCUGUGGAUGUUCCAGGUGACCAUUUUGGAAUUUACAACGCUGGUCAAAUCGACGGAAUGUAUCGUAACGAAACUGAACUGGAUGCUGGAUGCUUUUCUGGAAAGCUUGCAAAGACAAUCGACCCCCAAUGUGCCGUCCACGGGCAAAACAAAAGCGCUCAACAAAGUGUAUCCGUCUUACGUGUAA